CUGUGGGCUGCCGGCCUUGGGGAAGCUGCGCUACCUAGACGUGCAUGCGCUUUUUGGGUGACAUGCCGGGGGCAGCGAGAGCGGGCGCCCGCGGACCGGGGCCCUUCCUGGGGCGAGGCGGACCCCGCACAAAGCCCAGGGCGGGCGGAGGCCGAACCGCGGGGACUCCGGCCUCCCUCGCUCGCUGUCCCCGGGGAAGGCCGCUCUCCAGGAGUGGCCUCAGUUCCAAGGGUCGGCGAGGAGCGAUGACCACGGGGUCGGGGCGCAGAGUUCUGCCUUGCAGGGACACUUCCCUUCUCCAGGUGAGAAGCCACACGAAGGAAGCCGCAGGAACAGGAGCUGACCCGAAAGCUAUGUCACAGAGCCUGGUAACGUUUGGGGAUGUGGCUGUAGAUUUCUCCCAGGAGGAAUGGGCAUGGCUGAGCACCACACAAAGGACCCUAUACAGGAAGGUGACACUGGAGAACUACAGAAACCUGGCAUCACUGGGACUUUGUGUUUCUAAGCCUGCUGUGAUCUCCUUAUUGGAACAAGGGAAAGAGCCCUGGACAGUGAAGAGAAAGAUGACAAGAGGUGGGUGCCCAGACUUGAAUGCUGUGCAGGAGACCAAGGAGUCACCUCUAAAGAAGGACUCCUAUGAAGAAAAGUUAUCACAGGCCAUGCUAACAGGGAGUCUCACAAACUGUAGCGUGGAGUACUCUGUGCUGGAGGACAACUGGGAUUAUGGAGCUCUGUUUGAGACACAGCUGCAACCAGACCCAAUUCAGAAGCAUUUCUGGAAGAAUGUGAUGUGGGAGAACCAUGGUGACCCAGGUUCAGUAGGAUACUGUGUUUCCAAGCCAGCCUUAGUGUCUCUACUGGAGCGAGGGAAGGAGCCCUGGGUGGUGAAAGGACAGCUGGCAGGAGGCCUAUUCUCAGGCCAUCAAUCUGUAUGUGAGAUCCAGGAGUUAUUUCCAAAGCAGGACUCAUAUGAUGAAGGGGUAACAGACAGAACCUCACAUGUUAAACUGGAGAGUUCCACUUUCAGAGAAAAUUGGGACUCUGAGUGUAUGUUUGAAAGGAGGCUGUUAGGUCAAAAGACACAAUACAGGCAAGAGCCAAGUGCUCACAACAAAACCCACCCUAAGGAAAGACAGCAUAUGUAUAACAAAUCUAGAAGAUGGUUCUAUUUGGAAGAUUCAGAAGAAAGAGUUCAUAAUCAUUCAGUUAGAAGUUUCCAAAAAAAUUCAAUUGUAAUAAGGCAAACAGGUAUCUAUGCAGGAAAAAAACUUUUCAAAUGUAAUGAAUGUAAAAAAACUUUUACCCAGAGCUCAUCCCUUACUGUUCAUCAGAGAAUCCACACUGGAGAGAAACCUUAUAAAUGCAAUGACUGUGGAAAGGCCUUUAGCGAUGGCUCAUCCUUUGCACGACAUCAGAGGUGUCACACUGGCAAGAAGCCCUAUGAGUGCAUUGAAUGUGGUAAGGCUUUCAUACAGAACACAUCCCUCAUUCGUCACUGGAGGUACUAUCACACUGGUGAAAAGCCUUUUGAUUGCAUCGAUUGUGGGAAAGCCUUCAGUGAUCACAUAGGGCUCAACCAACAUAGGAGAAUUCACACUGGAGAGAAACCUUACAAAUGUGAUGUGUGUCACAAAUCGUUUCGAUAUGGCUCAUCCCUCACUGUACAUCAAAGGAUUCACACCGGAGAAAAGCCGUAUGAAUGUGAUGUCUGCAGAAAAGCUUUUAGCCAUCAUGCAUCACUCACUCAACAUCAAAGAGUACAUUCUGGGGAAAAGCCUUUUAAAUGUAAGGAAUGCGGGAAAGCUUUCAGGCAGAACAUACACCUUGCUAGUCAUUUGAGGAUUCAUACUGGGGAGAAACCCUUUGAAUGCAGAGAAUGUGGGAAAUCCUUCAGCAUUAGUUCCCAGCUUGCUACUCAUCAGAGAAUCCAUACUGGAGAGAAGCCCUAUGAAUGUAAGAUUUGCAGUAAAGCAUUCACCCAGAAGGCUCACCUUGCACAACAUCAAAAAACUCAUACAGGAGAAAAACCAUAUGAGUGUAAGGAAUGUGGUAAGGCCUUCAGCCAGACCACACACCUCAUUCAACAUCAGAGAGUUCACACUGGGGAGAAGCCCUAUAAAUGUAUGGAAUGUGGGAAGGCCUUUGGUGAUAAUUCAUCCUGUACUCAACAUCAGAGACUUCACACUGGCCAAAGGCCUUAUGAAUGUAUUGAAUGUGGGAAGGCAUUCAAGACAAAAUCAUCCCUUAUUUGUCAUCGAAGAAGUCACACUGGGGAGAAGCCAUACGAAUGUAGUGCGUGUGGCAAAGCCUUCAGUCACCGUCAGUCCCUCAGUGUGCACCAGAGAAUUCAUUCUGGAAAGAAACCAUAUGAAUGUAAGGAAUGUAGAAAGACCUUCAUCCAAAUCGGACACCUUAAUCAACAUAAGAGAGUUCAUACUGGAGAAAGAUCCUGUAACUAUAAGAAAAGCAGAAAAGUUUUUCGGCAGACUGCACACUUAGCUCAUCAUCAGCGAAUUCACACUGGGGAGACAUCAACACACCCCUCUUCACCUUCCACAGCAAAUCCUGUGGGCCUAUUUCCAAAAUUUCUCUGGACUCCGUCCUCCCUCCCAUCACCAUAGUCUCCUGGUAUCUCUCCACUCAGCUGCUCCUGUAGCUGAACAUCCCAGCCCCCUGCUGUUUGUCUUGUUUUCAUCCCUUACUAGUUUGUUCUUCACAACACAGUCCACCUGACUUUUUAAAGUGUCAGUGUAACUUAUUCACUCCUCAUGUGAAACUUGUAGAUCCUUUAAGUUGGUAAAUGCAUAAGGUGUGCUCAGCUCGGUGCUUGGUCCUUCCAGAUCAGGAAGCCUAGCUCUCUUAAAAACAUUGCUUUUGAACAGUGGAUACAGAGGGAUGAGGUCUGAAGAGGCCAGAGUUUAGAUCAGGGACAAGCAUUCUCCAGGGGAUGGCUGAGGUUCUGCCUGAGUUGAUUUAGAACUUGAUUAUGUAAUGUCAAGCUCAUGUUGUGGCUUUUCCUCUGAUCUACGUGAUUGUAAGGUGAUGUGAACGUUUUGGUGAGAAAAUUAAACUUUACUGUGUAUUUGACAGCAGCCUUAGAGAGUCUAGAAUGUGAAUAAACAGGUCACCUGCAACAAAUGAAUUAAAACGAUCAGAAAGGUGCAAGAUUUAUAUGCAUAAAGUUAAAACUACUGACAUGUUAAGAAUUAGAAAAGUUGGUAAGAUUCAGCUGUUUAAAGUCACUUGACUUGCGAAUGAAUUUUAUUAAACUUUCAAAGAACCACUAAAUCUGCGGUAAACUUACCUUGGGUGGGGGUCAGCAAACCUGACUUAUAGCUACUGUCGCACUGGCUGCUUUUGUAUGGUCUAUAGUCUAAAAUUAAAAAAAAAAACAACAAAAACUUUUUAAUGGCUGACAAGAGUAAAAAGAAUAUUAUUAACGUGAAGAUUAUAUGAAAUUAAAAUGUUGGUAUCAGUAAAUUUUAUAGUCAUGCAGCCACACCCAUGGAUUUAAUAUUGUCUGUGGCUGCCUCCAGGAUACAGAAGCAUAGUUGAGUAGUGACAGAUACCAUAUGGCCUGCCCUUGACAGAAAAUGUUUGCUGAUCCUUACCAUAGAGCAGAGUUCAGCAAACAAUAGUGCAUGGGCCAAAUCUUGUCUGCUGCCUUUUUUGGUAAACAGAGUUUUGCUGAACCACAGCCCUGCUCCUUUGUUUACCUGUUGCCUAUGGCUGUUUCAGACAACCACAACAGAGACAGUAUGGCUCACAAAGCUUCAAAUAUGUCUUGCUCUGUGGCAGAAAGUUUGCCUACCCCUGCUCUAGAAUAGAGGAAAAUAUAUAAAAGCUUAUAAUUUUUGAGGGUAAUACAACUCUCACAUCAAAAACAAGAAAAACUAUAAAGCAAUUUAUGAAUAGCAGUGAAAGUUAUUAAGUUAUAUUGAAAAAUUGUGGCUCAAGGAGUAGGGUGCCGGUCCCAUAUGCCGGAGGUGGCAGGUUCAAACCCAGCCCCGGCCAAAAAAAAAGGAGAAAUAGGAAGUUUCUAGAUAAAAUACUCAAUACUAUUAAAAUGUUGGUAAAUUGUAAUUCAGAGUCUCAGCAAGGUAUGUUUACUUUGAAAGUUUGAUUUGAAACAACAGAAAGAAGCAUAAUUAGGCGAAAAUGGCAAGGAAAUUUUUUGAAAUAUAAUUCUUUGGAUAUGAGAUUUUGGAAUAUAGUAAGACUGGUAUAAAAUGCUUUAACAAUUGGCUAUCUGCACUCCAAAAAACAAAAAUUGUUAGAGGCACAUCUAUACCUUAGAGAUAAAUAUAAGACAGUGUAUUUAACAUUUCCAAUUAUGAGAUGAUAAGUUACAGGCUAACAUAGCAAUGAGGAAGCCUUUAUGAAGCAGGAUGUGGGGUCCAAGAAGCCAUAAAGAAAGAGACUAAGCAGUCCUAUUCAAAGAUUUAAAAUUCAGACAUGGUGAAAAGCACUGAAAACAUUUAAAAGACAAUUGACAUAAAAUGUGUUCAACUUAUAGGAAAGAAUACAUAGGCUCAGAAUGCCAUCACACACAGAACAGUGAGGGUACUGGGGUGCACACCAAUGGACAAGUUACCCUGAGGAGUUCAAAUGAAUAAAGAAAACUUAUAAAACUCUUAACUUCAUUAAUGAGAAGAAUAUGAAUGAAAACAAAUUUUCUUGGCUCAUAGAUAGGCUAAAAUCUAAAUUUGGGAUAAUGGUAUUAGUAUGGAAAACAGGCCCUUGUGUUUGGUUGGCAGUGCGAAUUAGUCCCUUGUCUUUUUGGACGCUGAUGUGGCACAGCCUGUCAACAUCACAGAUGUGCAUUCCUCCUCACACAGUAGUUCCAGAUCUAAGAAUGUUAUCCCACUGGAAUACACCGGUAGAUGGAAGAUGUAAAUAAUGUUUAUUGUAGGAUUGUUUUAAUCAUGACAAACAGGAAUUCAGUGUCCUGCCAAGCAGAUUUUGAUUAAACUAUAGUUAUUCAAUACUGUUCUGUGCAGAUAGUGAAAAGUGACUGAGUUCCAUAUACUUCUGUGGGGAGUUGUCCACAAUAUAGUAAAUGAAAUCUAUGAUUUGCAGAACCCCAUGUGUAAAGUGAUCUUAAAGUCAUAGAAUUAAUAUGGAAUAUGUCUGUGGGUGUAUGUACACACACACAUUCAAUACAUAGA